GUUCGAGGAGGUUCUUGGUUGGUAGGAGACCGAGAGGGGUCCUGUGACAUCAUUGCCCUUGCUGAAAUGAGGCCGUAGCUGAUCCCCUGCAUCCCAGAAGCGACCCAGGUCCUCCGACAUUGAGAGCGCGAAGGUGCCUUGGCCACCGAAAUCCAUCCCGAGAGGCACACUUAGAACUCGAGAGCGCCUGUGAAAAGUUCCCCGAAAUCGAAAUCGGGGAGUCUGAGGAAAUGGGCCCGACUUAGAGUUGCUGGGGCCUGAGGACCUGUAGGAGAGGAGGCUUGAAUGAAAAUUCUGUGCAGGACUUUCAAGAGAAAGGACUUCGGGUUACAUGAGCCUUCCUGCUGGCUAAUUUUGGAAGAGAUUACCAGAACAAUCAUAGAGUCUGGAUUAUUUUGUGAAUCUGCAAGGAGAGAAGUAUAUGGGGACUCUACACUAAAUCUUUCCCCUUGUCAAAAGUGGAAAAAAGCAUCUCCUAAUAUUCCCAGGAACAAGAACAAUGUGGUAACUCUUCACAGUGAUGAUUUUAAAAACAUUGAAUGUGUAAAAUAUUUGCCUUUAAAAGUCUCAAACCAAAUGGCCACACAAGACCGGUCAGUGAAGUUCUGUAAGAGUGAGCAUGAAGAUCCUCAGGAAAGCAAGUAUCUCUCUGUAAGUGAAGAAAACACUGAGAAAAAAGUGGUAAGAGGGCAAAGCCCUCCCCAUUGUUCAGAGAACCUUCAAGUUAAACCUGUAUCGAAUGUAACAGAACUGGUCCUGCCCUUAUUCAGUGGUGAGGCAACUUGCCAGAAUGGCCACUCAAAAGAAUCUUUAGAUCUCUUUGACUGUAACUGCAAAGACAUUUAUGAGUGCAAAUCACAAAUGGUCAGUUGUAGUGAUCAAAGAGCUCAUACAGAGGGAAAACCCUGUAACUGUAAUGACUGUGGAAGAAUACUCAACACCAGCCCAGAUGUCCUUCCAUAUGAGAAAAAACAUACUACAGAGAAACUACACAAAUGUAAUCAGUGUAGUAAACACUUCAGUCAGAGUUCAGAACUACUACUACAUCAGAGAGACCACACAGAAGAAAAACCCUACAGAUGUGAACAAUGUGGGAAGAGCUUCUCACGGAGCUCAAGUCUGCUCAUCCAUCAAGCAGUCCACACAGAUGAGAAACCUUAUAAGUGUGACAAGUGUGGGAAAGGCUUCACCAGGAGCUCAAGCCUGCUCAUUCAUCAUGCAGUCCAUACAGGCGAGAAGCCUUAUAAAUGUGACAAGUGUGGGAAAGGCUUUAGUCAAAGUUCCAAGCUACAUAUCCACCAGCGAGUCCACACAGGGGAGAAGCCCUAUGAGUGUGGGGAAUGUGGUAUGAGCUUCAGUCAGCGUUCAAAUCUGCAUAUCCACCAGCGAGUCCACACAGGAGAGAGGCCCUACAAGUGCGGGGAGUGCGGUAAGGGCUUCAGUCAGAGCUCAAACCUUCACAUUCACCGGUGUAUCCACACAGGAGAGAAGCCUUACCAAUGCUAUGAGUGUGGAAAGGGCUUCAGCCAAAGCUCAGAUCUUCGUAUCCAUCUCAGAGUCCACACUGGAGAGAAGCCCUAUCACUGUGGCAAGUGUGGGAAGGGAUUUAGCCAGAGUUCCAAACUCCUCAUCCACCAGAGAGUACACACAGGAGAGAAGCCCUAUGAGUGCAGCAAGUGUGGAAAGGGCUUUAGCCAGAGCUCCAACCUUCACAUCCACCAGCGAGUUCACAGGAAAGAGCCCCACUGAGUGACAUGAGCUCACUCAGGUCUUCAGAGUCCUCAUACUGUAAACACUGUUAAAUAUUUUUAAUAUCACUCUUACCUUUAUAUUCUAUAAAGGAGAGAGACAGAGUUAUUCCCAUAUGUUCUUUCACUGAAAAAGAAUCAUUUAAAGUAUUUAAAAACCAAGCACUGUUACACUGAUGAAUUGUUUUGAUCCCUAGGGAAGGGAGUGGGGAGAUGAAAAUGUGUGCAAUUUGCAAUUCAGCUGGUAUUAUUAGAAGUACAUAUCCAACCCAGUAUUUUUUUUUUAAGUUUAUUUCUUCUAGGAUAGAGAUAUUGGCAUCAACAGGGUCGCCAUGCUGCAGUCCCCCCCCAGCCUUAGCCAGCCAGAGUUACAGGCACGCAUGCACACACCAAGUCUACACAGGGAGAUCUCUGCACGUGAACCUGGGACAGUCUCAUGUGGGUCCAGCAUCACAUAGUGUUGUAUUACUGCUGUGCCACCAUCAACCCAAGUAUUUUUAACUGUAAGAACUUUAUAUUUAUCCAAGCAAGAUGUUUUCCUUUAUUCAUGUUCUCUGAGAAAAUGGAACUAUUUCUCCUCAAAUUGUGUGCCUGUGUUUUUCAUAUUAUCUUCCAGUCCUGAGUAGCCUCUAAACUAUAAUUGUGCAGUAUUUACUGUUUUAGGCUGAGAGGGUGGUUGGAAAUGGAAGUCUUUUGUUUUUUAAAAAAUGUACAACAGUUUAUGGCCAUCCAACAAGGUGGAGGAUUAUUUAUGCUACACACCCCCACAAACUUUUAACAGGAAGUUGAAAACACUUUCCUCCCCAGGCACCUCCUCAGGAACUAAAUAGUUCUUUAUCCUGAGUGCACCUAGUUUAUUAGGGUCCUUUUAGAGUGAAAGCAAGAGAAAGUCUAAAGCAAUAUGCCCAAAGUGGUUGCCAGAGUAAAGCUGGCAUUGAAGAAUAGUACCUGAGAGCAGAUGAUAUCAACAUGUAGGUUCUAAAGACAGAACUGGGCGAACUCAUACACUGGAAGCAUACUGCAGCUGAUCAACAGGCUGCAGAGCUCAGACUGGGGCUUGGUACACUGACAGUGGCUAGCAGGGAAAGUACUAGAAAAUGUGCUUUUCUUAAAUAUGUCUGAAGUCCCUGGGCAGCAUUAAAUCACUAGGAUUCUUUUUUUAAUGUAUAAAACCACAGCAAGAAAAAAAAAGUAAAAGACGAUCAGCAAAUGAGAUCUCAACACAAAUUAGAAAAAUGGAAGGAUAGCUAUUCUAUCAGCAGAAACAGGCACAUGGGGAUAAGGAAACUGGCUUCAGGCUCUGAAAUGCUUAAUACUAUGGAGGACAUGAGUGAGACAUGAAGAGAAAGCAAUCUAACUGAUGCCCAGUUCUACAUGGAACACUCCUAUGUACACAUGUACCCACCUCGCCAAGCCCUGGGCACAGCCAACCAAGGAUUUACCCUCCAAGACAGCACAAUCUCAGCAGAAGUUAGCUGAGACCAAGGGAGGGACCUUUACAUUCUCACAGUUGGAAAUUCAACAGUAAAGCAGUUAUCUUUCUAGCUCCAAUACCCAUAUAGCAGAGAUUUUAAAUUCAUGAAAUAAAAACACAAUUGGAAUGGAGAUAUUUUUUUCAAUUG